GCCUGUAUGCUAAUCUUACAUAUUUGCAGGCAUUUAAACAAGUGUAUUUGUCCAUCGCUUUUUAAAUGUUCACAAAUGUUUGUUGCCUAAGAAUGCAAUUGUUUGCGCAUGAUUUAAAUUUUCACCUGAGACCAGUUAUUUCACAUGUUCAUUUAGUAUUCUUGUGUUUGACUAAAGUGUUUGAGAUUAAACAGUUUGUGUUUAACACACAUGCCUACCUGCCUUGAGGUUGUUGGCUGACUAUUUCAAUUGAAUUGAGUUGAGUUUUCCUCUUCUUCUCUUUCCUUACGUCAUGCACAGUCAUCAUGGCGGAGGCCCACCAGGCCGUGGCCUUCCAGUUCACCGUCACCCCAGAGGGCAUUGAUGUGCAGCUGUCCCACCAGGCCCUCACUGAGAUCUACCUCUCAGGUGUUCGCUCCUGGAAGAAGCGUAUUAUCGGAAUCAAGAACAGUGUGUUAACAGGGGUAUAUCCUGCCAGUCCUUCCUCCUGGCUUUUUGUGGUCAUAGCAAUCCUGGCUACUAUGUACACGCGCUCCGACCCCUCCAUGGGACUCAUAGCCAAGAUACAGGAGCACCUGCCAGUCAG